AGCAGAGGAUGUGUCUGGGAGAGAGAGAGUGUGUGUGUGUGUGUGAGGGACAAGAGGAAAGCUGUCAGUAGAAUGGAUAUGUGCCCUCACUCCUCCACCUUCUCUGCUCCUUCUUCUCUGUCUCAUCUCUGUCUUUCUUCACCUUCCUCUGCCAGCGUUGCACCCUGGGCACCCUCAGUGCCGGCACUCAGGGGAAAAGGAGACUCGUCGGGUGGACGGGCUGCUGAAAACUGAACUUCAAUGUCAGCAGGGGAUCAGAAGAAUGGUGGUGACAAACCAGAAGACACGGUGCCAGAGGCUGAGGUAUGGCCAGAGGUGGAGAGGGCCGAGUCUUUGGCCCGCGGUGCUGCCCUGAAGUGGGCGUCAGGUGUUUUCUGUCGACCUGAGCAUCUGGAGCGCCUGAGCCAGUACAGGAAGCGAGAGAGUCAGAGGACCGCCUCCAUACACACCAGACUCAAGUCUAUGGUCCAGUCGUACCUGGAGGGGGUAGGCUGGGGUCUGGAGCAGCUCCGGGAGGCCAGGGCCGAGCUGAAGGAGGUGUCACAUGCUUUGAAGAAAGCAGGACUGGAGUCCGACCGAAACACAGAGGGGGUGAAGUCUCUGGAGAGGCUGAGAGAAGUGUCAGUCAGCCACUGUCAGCUCCUCGCUGCCGUUAGCAACCUGCCACGACUUUACUCUGUGCGUAGCAUGGUUUUGGAGACUGAGCGUCUGGUGGAGUCCCGGCGGCUCCUGGAGGCCCACGCCCGGCUGAUGGAUCUGGAGCGCUGGCAGGACGACAUCCUCUGGCAGCUCCAUGGAGUGGCUGGAAGUGUGCUCAGCACAGAAGACCAGGAGCUGGUGACCAAAUAUUUCUCUGGUGUCAGGCAGCUGGUGGACGCCCUGGGUAAGGAGCUGUGGGCGGUGGUGAGCAGUGCUCUGGCUCUGGCCCGACAAAACCCCACACCAUUUGUAUCAGCGGUGAGGAUAGUGGAGAGGGAGGAAGCCCUGGACCGAGCUUUACUGGAGGAGAGAGGGGGGAACAGGGGCAACGCCAGGCCCCUGCCCCCAGGACGACCUCGCUGCUGGAGAGCCUGCUUCUUCCAGGUACUAGAGGAGGCGGUUUCUGCACGGUUUCGCAGCGUUUCUUACCUGCACACGCGUGGGCCGGGUCUAGCAGGGCACCUCUCUGCACUUCAGCAUGGUAUUAUGGCUGACCUGGCCACCGUACGCCACCUGCUGGAGCACUGUGUCCCGCCACACUACCGACUAACAGGAGCUUACCUGAGGGCCAGCCACUGCUGUUUACAUGCUCACCUGGCACAGGUUAGCAGCUGGGACCUGGAGAGUGGUGAAAUCUUUGCUGUGCUCAACUGGGUGCUACACAUCUACAACAGCCCAGACAUGAUGGGUCAUCCAGAGCUGGUGACUGAGAUAAAAAAAGAAGAACUAGGACCUCUCAUCUCCACCGAGGGACUGGAGCAGCUGCAGAACAAAUAUGUGCAGAGCGUUCGGAAGAGUGUAUCAGAGUGGAUGCACAAAGCUCUACAGGUGGAGCUGCAAGACUGGCAGAGAGACCAGGAGCCAGAUACAGACCAUGAAGGUUUCUACCGAACCAGCCUGCCCACUAUCAUCACACAGAUGUUGGAGGAGAAUGCCCGGGUGGCUCUGAUGAUCGGAGAAUCCCUACGAGAUCAGACUAUACAGAUGGGACUGUAUGAGAUGGAGAACCUCCUAAACAGGUUUCGAGAAGCUCUGGUGGAAUUUGGGAAGGAGCAUCGCAGGGAUCCGAGCAACAAAAAAAACAAGUUCUACCUCCACUAUCUGCUGGCCUCCAUCAAUAACUGCAUCAUCCUCAAAAAGUCCACAGAGAGCCUGCAGCAGCAGCAGUCGUCCCGGUCGGCGGGGCAGUUCUCUCGGACUCCUCCCAAUCCUCUGGCAGCUCUGGACCGGGCGGUGAGACGGGCGUGUCGCCUAGUGAUGGAUCAGCUCCUACUGGACCUUCAGCCUUUCCUCCCAGGCCUGCUGACCCGACCCCGGCUGGUCCAGGGAGACCCCAUCCCUAAACUCUGCCCCGUCCUGGAGCGUCACCUGGAGCUGUACGGCCGUGUUCGGCCACCCUGCCGACAGCGUCUGCAGGAGGAGGCCCAGUGGCUGAUGGUGGUGGAGUACGUCCGGGCUCUGAUGCAGAAGAGGCUGGUGUGUCGCAGCACCGAGGAGAGGAAGCAGCUCGCCCAGCAGAUGGUCCAGGACGACCAGCAGUUUAGAGAAAUCUUCCACGGCCCGGAAGCUGAAGGGUCAGUACCUGAAGUGAAUCCUUUGGCCUUACUACCCGUCCUGGCUGACUUCAUUGGACUGAAAGACCCCGGCAUGCUGACUCUGGAAGUCUCUGGACUCGCAGCCAAAUACCCCGACAUCAGUGAAGAGCAUGUGUCUGUACUGCUGGACAUCCGUGGUGAUGUCUCCAGGGACAUCAGGGGGGCUGUACUUGACUUGCUGGAGCAGAGUGCCCCCCCUUUGCCUGCAGGAUACCGGCCCAUCUUCACUGACAUCCUGCUGCCUCCCUCCACCAUGGCCUUCUGUCUGCCCACUGCCAAGUGUGCAUGACAGGGACUGAACUCAGAUUUUCACAUUAAAAUCGGGGUGGAUCUGGUUCUAAGAAAGAUCAUCAAGCCGGGUGCUCUUAGCUUGUCGUUACACUAAAACAUGCAGGACCAAACACCAAAAUGCUGGUGAGUCUGUUCCUGCUGAUGGAUGGCUGCAUCACAGUCUUUUUUAUGUUGCCCACCAAAGUGGGAUGAAGAUUCAGGGCUCAAGGGCUCCUUUACAAGUUGAGUGAGGGGAGAGUGACACAUUUUCAUUUCUUUCACCUACAAUUUACCAGGGAUUUGAGCUGGUGACUUGCUGCUCCGGGUCUAACUUCAGUUGAAACUUAUUUACUGUUAAAAUUCUGAAUCUAUGAGCCACUGUGGCUAAAUUGGUUACAGGGACUGCUUUAAUGUGUUCAAAAUAUUAACAGUAAAACAACAUUUUCUAAUUUCAACUUGUUGUCAUGUGUCUCAGCGACUUAUGCUACAGAUUUAACCGGACUUGGACAUUGAAGCUAGCAAGUAAGCAGCUUUAAACAACAACACGUCAGCAAACUAUCAAUUUGUGUAUAUGAUCCAACUGCGAUCAAACGGAUGAUGCAGCUUUAAAGGGUCAAUUAGCUGUUCACUGUUAACAGAUUUCAUUGACAGUACUUUCUAUUGGACAAAUACUUCGAACACAACGCAAAAUUCCUUUCACCUUCAUUGUGUUUGGAUGGCAGCAGACAUUUUAGAGGCAGAUAUCUCAAAACCUUAACACACAAAAACAAAACUAUUCGCAUGGCUACAUAUUACUACUGAAAGGUUUUGGGGGGUUUUGUGACUUGGGUGAACAGACACGUUAAGUGCAUCCGUCACAUAACACAAUAUCACCUAUUGGAGAUAAUUAAUCAGAAACUUGUGAAACCUUUCUGAAUGCUGACAAAUAAUUGAAAAACACUACAUGGCAGCCAUAGAAGAGCUGUGAGAUGUGCAAGGUCUACUCAUUUAUCUUAUUUCUGAAUGUAUUCAGCUGCAAAGUCUGAUAGUUCCUGCUGAAGAAACAAACUAUUGGAUUUUAAAUUGGCAAAUCAAUUUGUGCAUAUGAUGCAAUGUUCAUGCUGAGCCUAGGAGUCAGUGGUUUCAAAUAAAAUACUGGUAUAUUCAAUUAAAAGUCAAACAAUGGUCACAACAUGGGAAACUAAAAAGAUGGUAAAUGGACUGUACUUGUAGUGCAGAUGCAGUCCGUGAAGCAUCUGAAUGGUUGUUCUGCAGUAUGUAACAGAUGAAAGGAGAUAUAUUAGUUACAACAUGCAGUAUAUGACUUUUAGAAUAUAAAGAGAGUUAAAGCACCGUCACAUUACAGCCUGGACUUAUGACUAAACAUGGUUUUUCAGUGAGGGCUCCUGGACUGUGAACCAUCCUACCUGAGGAUUUUAGGCUGCUAAUUCAUUACUUUUAAAUCACCUUUAAAGUCACAUUUUCAUUAACUUGUUUUCAUGUAUUUGUUAUUUUGUCCAAUUUGAUCUCAUAUUGUUGUUGAUAUUGAGUGUUUUUAAUCUGUUUUUUUAAUGUAUUUAUUGUAUUUAUGUAUUAUUUUUCUGCUAUUUCCUCUUGAAUGGAGUUUCCUGUUAUUUCAGAGAAUAUUUCCCUUGUUGCUUCAAUGCCAACCUCUAAAGCACAUCGUAAACUCUCAAGUGAAUGCGUAAAUAAAUGCUUUAUAAUGUAA